AUGACGUCGUCGUCGGCGGACGGAGAGCAGAAGGCGACUAAGAGGAAUUUCCAGAGUUUUGAGAGCUAUUUGAGAGACCAUAAGUAUGAGACUUCUUUAUUCCCCCUAUCACAACACUACAAGACGGUCGUGUUGGAGAAGGGACGAAUGACAAAGCUACCGCCAGCUCUCACGCUGAAUCGGCAGAGGUACCGUCAUGUGGACCAUUGUGAGUGGAUGAACACUGAGGAGAUCAAGUCAUUCGUCCAGUAUUGGCAGUUUGAUAAGGAGAUGCUACAACAACGGUGUGGAUGGUUGUAUGGUUACUACCUCUCGGAUCCUAACUAUGAUGAUGGAUGUCGAAUUGUGGUAGAGGGUAUAUACGAGCCGCCGAAGCAGGAGGUGUAUAACGCGGCUACUGGAGGCAUUCGGAUGAAUGAGAUGCUAGUGGCUAUGCAAGAGGCAUCGAAGGGCAAGCCUUUGGAUCCUGGAGUUCUGGGAGGAAUGGUAGAUCCUGCCCUGCAGAAAGUGGAUGUAGUUAUGUCCAAGUUGGGGCUGGAGAGGGUGGGAUGCAUCUUCACUGCUCUACCGAGGGACUAUGAGAUGAGUAGCGGCGAGCUUUUGGCAGCUGCUAGGUUGCAGAAGUUGGUUUGGAUGGCCUCGGACCAAGCUGAGGGUAUGUUGCAAGAUGGUCUCUUUGAUGUGAAGAAGACUGCAGAGACGCCGACUAGGGUACAGCUUAGAGAGCCAUUCAGUCAAGAGAUGAUGCCACCAGUGCUGGCGAGCGGGUCGGAGGUCACAGAAUUCGAUCCGGACUGGCUGUUGGUGAAAGUCAACGAUGGUGUACCGUUGAAGAAACGCAGCAUGUUCCGGUUCUCGCAUUUCCCUAGAGAGAAUCGUAGUCGGCAACAGUCGCCAGACGAUAUAAAGCAGUACAUGCGACAAAUACCAGCGGGAACUCCGUCCUGGGCGCGAUACGCAGACUUCCACCUCCUAGUGUACAUCACGUUACUCCUCGAUGAGGACACAGCAGGUGCAAUAGCGGGGAGUAUAUCGAGAGAGGAGGAGAUCGACAAGGCAAUGGAUGAGCUGUUGACUAAUAUGGCUGCUUGA